AUUUGUUGUUGUUGCAAGCGACAUAUAGCAAAUCCAAUAUGGUGAAUCGGAAGAGAAGACCUUUGUUAAGUUACAUCGUAAUGAUGACUGAAGUCUAGUAUAUCAUGAAUCUUCGGCACCUUUUCCAAGAUUUUAAUCCAAGCAAAUUUGUGGUGUAUUCAUGUCUCCUGCUAUUCUCCUUCCUGUUUGCACUGCGCCUUGAUGGCCUGAUAGAGUGGAGCUACUGGGUGGUUUUCCUGCCUAUCUGGCUGUGGAAGAUACUAGUCCUUGCUGGCUCCUGUGUGGGCAGUUAUGUGUGGUGGAAACACCCUCAAUACAGAAUUGAAGGAGAUAGUUAUGUGCAAUACAAAGCUAUGAUCAUCAGUACAGGGAUGCACCUCCUACUGCUGAUGUUUGAGCUGCUAGUCUGUGAUAACUUGGAGACCUCUUCCCAGCAUCACUGGAUCCUUGUGUUCAUUCCACUCAUCUUCAUGUCUAUAGUGUCCAUAGGAAUAUGUGUCUGGGCUGUCAAACAUGAACGGACAUUUGAGAUGGAGCUGUUUUGUGCUGUGAACAUUUUACAGUUUAUAUUCCUAGCGUUGCGGUUUGAUGGGUUUAUUAUGUGGAACUGGGUGAUUGUUUUCAUCCCACUGUGGAUACUGAUGUGUGUGGCAAUGAUAGGGGUGCUGUAUGUUAUUAUAUUGGCCAUAAUUCUCAUGAAGUCUCCAGACAUUAUACCAGAGCAGAGGAGGGGUAACGCCUGCUCAGCACUGGGGUACACAUUUCUAGUCAUUCCAAUGUUGAUUUUUCUGAUACUGCUAGCCAACAAGCUGGAGCACCCUGCCAACUACUCCUACUAUGUAGCUGUGUCAUUACCAUUCUAUAUUGCUCUGUUAGCUCUGAUAGGCAUGACUUUUGGGGCUAAGGGAGGAAACCAUUGGUGGUUUGGCAUCAGGAAAGACUUCUGCCAGUGUGUGCUAGGAGUUUGUCCACUACUUCAGGAAUAUGGAAACAUCUCAUACAAAAUACAAAAAGAUGACAGUGAACAAAACGUUACAGAGCCCCAAGAGAACACUGAAGUGAAAAAACCUGGCAGCAGUAAUUCUAAGAAAACUAUAGAAGAACCUCAGAGGUUAACUGUACCCUUUAUAUCCAUAGAAGCCCCCGACUAGACUGCAUUACAGACUGGAAAUUGACCUUAUUUGCAUCAUUGGUUGACAAGGUUAUAGGGAGAAUUUGGGCUGCAUUUCCAGUCAGGUUGGGAAGGCUGGACUUAAUGCGGAAUGUCCCAGCAGUCUGUGUGAUGAGGAUUUCUUAACAUAGACAGUUAAUGUAAUAUCACUUGGCUUGCCUCAGUCACAGUUGAAGGUGGGUGGGAUAAUGACCAGAUACAUGUGAGAUUGGCUUCUUUAAGGUUAAAAAUUGUAAUCAUGUGGUAUGCUGAGAUGGUUUGAAAAUCGCCUCAGGAUAUCUGUGGAAAGCGGGGUGGAAGAUAUUAGGAUUGCAACCUAAGUACAGGUUUUGUGGAGCAUUUUUUAUCUGAACAAGAAGAGAUUUAAAUUGGCAAUUGGUUAAGUAUUGUAUCCAGUGAUGUAAGUGAGACUCAUUCCCUGUCAAGAUAGGUCCUGUCUAAAUGUUGCUUUAGUCUUUUAUAUUGUCAUUAUAUUGUAAGCAAGUGUAUAUUAUUUAUUAGUGACAUUUUUUUGGUUCAUCUAUGCUUUUAUAUUGAUAUAAUACACACAGCAUUCCUUGAUAUAUAUAUAUAUAUGUAUAUAUAAUGAAAACUAUGCUUUAAUGAUACAAAACCAUAAUGUUAUGAGUGACAAAUAAAAAGCUGGGCUUGCAUAUUACCGAACAUAAGUAUCCAAAUAUUUCAGGUAAAAAAGACGGAUAAUUCUUCAUGUGCUGUUUUAGUUUAAUUUACUUUGUAGGUCCUAAAUAUUUAUGAAGCUAUAUAAAAAAGGACAAGUGUAUGUCAAGGACAAGUGUAUGUCAAGGACAAGUGUAUGUUAAGGACAAGUGUAUGUCAAGGACAAGUGUAUGUUAAGGACAAGUGUAUGUCAAGGACAAGUGUAUGUUAAGUAAUAGAUAAAGCACAGAUUGUGUAGCUUUUUGCCAAAUAGGCUACUUGAUAAUUGGCACCAGGACAACUAUAUUUCUUAAAGCUUCAUGACAAGUGCUUCAUGUGACUUAAACUGUAGUUAAUGCAGAUAGCAUUCUGUAAUGCCAUGCUCUAUUCCGUGUAUUUUUACAUGCUGUGCCUCUACGUAAAUAGUGCACAGCCCAACCCAUUGUUUUGUGCUUGAACCAUGGUUAACUUAAGUAUUUAAAAGAGUCCAUGUUAGUGAGAGAAGAAAAUGGUGAUCUUCGACAGCAGAGCUUACUACAAAAUGUAGCAAUGUUAAUGGAGGGAGAGAACGAGAGAGAAAGAGAUGUGAUAUAAGAACAAUUGUACUUAAGGGGCAGUGCAUAAGUGAAGUACAUUGAUGAUACGGGAAGCAGUACAUGGCUCUUGUAUACAGACAUUGGAAAAGAAAAAAGGAAACAGUUUGUGAUAUGAAUAAAAUGUAUAUAGACAGUGAUACACUAUCAAGGGCAAUGUGAAAUGGCAAAAUAGAAUGUAGUGUAGUUGUAUUAGAGAGCUUUACAGACAUCUUAUGGAUUUGAAAUGAAAAAAGAGAUAUAUAAAAUUGGAUGGCUAUUGACGUAUUGUUUGUACAUGCAGAUUUUAGAGAAGAAGGCAUAUUAUCCACCCUGACUUUAAAUUACAACUGGGAUCCAAGAGCUCCUUUUUCGGACGAAACACAGGCCUUAGCUAGUUGUUGAAACAUAAGGAGGUUAAAGUCACUCUCCUGGAUCAGCUGCUUUGACAAAACACAUAUGUAUGUGGAAAUUUGAAACGUUGCAAGUGUUGUGACCAAGUUUAUAUUGGACAUUUUGUUUGGAAGUGAUCACUGUUUCAUGUGUUUGUCUGCUUUUGCAGUGUUUGGUAUGCUGUUCUGUAGUCUAUGACUAGUAAAAAUAUAAAACGAUGAUAUUAAACUUUAUUUUAACUAAAGACCUGCUUUAUCUCAUGAAAUAUUGAGAUCCAAGCAUGGAGUUUGUAUGACUUUCUAAGAUAUUAGAAUACCUCCUUACAGUAUAUACAUAUGCAAUAUUUAGUGGGUAGUUUCAUUUUGUGGAAGAUGGUGUCACUUGUCACUUUGAAAUUGUCUGGUGAUCUAUGUGAUGUUUAAAUUCUCUGCUGAACAAAAGAUGAUGUUCAUUUUACUGUAAAUAAUAAAGUAAUGUAAAGUAUAAAAUAAUAAAGAUAAAUGAAAAAUA